GUUUCACAUCUUUCUAAUGUAGUUAAAUCAUUUUAAAAAUUAUUCUGUUUUUUGUCAACUAAAAAUUAUUCUAAUUAUUGUUGUAUUAUGAAGGGAAAAAUAAAAAUUCUAAAUUGGUCCACUACAAAAAUCGCCCAACAUUUUCUCUACAGUCUACAGUCUACAGUCUACACCUCUCUUUUUUUUUUAUCUUCAUUAUUCUGGGACACUCCUUCCAGAAACCCUCCCAGAAACCGGAGCCUUUUCGUGAAAAUUUGACAGCAGCUAGUCGCCUAGCUGCACGGUGGAAGCAAGCAAUUAGGGUUUUCCAAUUCCUCUUCUGUAGUCAUCGAUCGCCAUGUAGUAGAGUUCUAGAUUCUCUUUCUUCCCCACCCAUCUGCAAUACCGACAGUUCCUCUGGUAAAUUACCUCUUUCCCGAUCUUAUUGCUGAUUUCUUGUUCGUGUCGUGUUAUUUCAAUUUGCGCUUCCCUACUCGUGAAUCUAUAUACUCUCCGCUUAGAUUAGGGUUCCACGGAUCCCUUCCCUUCAAAUCCCAUUGGGGGCUUCUCUUUCCGGCGAUUAUGAGGUUGCCGACCUCAGUGAAAUCCCUGUUACAGUUAGAGGCGGCGGUGGGGAAGCCAUCUAGACUUCCAUGGAUGUUUUCGUCGCUGUUUUCUUACUCAGAAACUCCUCAAAAGAAAGCAAAGGCUGCGCCUUUGCAGGAGACUAGAAUGAGGGACAGAAUGAAUCUACAUGCCAAAGGUGGUGAUGGUGGGGGUGGGUGCUGCAGCUUCCACAGAAGCAGGGUUGUUCGCCGUGGGAGAGCCGAUGGUGGGAAUGGUGGAAGAGGUGGUGAUGUGAUCCUGGAAUGUUCCCCUGCAGUUUGGGACUUUAGUGGUUUGCAGCAUCAUGUUAAUGCAGCCAGAGGGGGUCAUGGAGCCUCCAAGAAUAUGAUAGGCACUCGAGGAGACGAUAAGGUCGUCCGAGUACCCAUUGGCACUGUGAUUCAUCUUGUUAGGGGUGAGCUUCCAUCUUUAGUUCAGGCCAGAUCGACUGAAGCUGCUUUGGAUCCCUGGGAUCUCCCUGGUACGUUAGAUACUGAUCCAACUACAAAUUUUCAGCAGGAGGCAUUGGCUACUGAGAGGUCGAAAUCAACUUAUGAAGAAUCACCGAACGUAGAUGUUAACCAGAAUAAGUUGACAACUGCAGAAAGUGAAGAUGUACAAUACAAUGUUGCAGAAUUGACUAUACCAGGACAGAGAGUGAUCGUUGCUCAUGGAGGGGAAGGUGGUUUAGGUAAUGUUUCUACUUCAAAUGUUCCGAACAAUGCCAAGACUGGAAAACCAGGGAUAUUGAAUAAGGGAAACUCUACUGAUCCUGAUGAUCACCCCUCCCUCCGAGCUGGUUCACCUGGUUCUGAAGCUGUCUGCAUACUGGAGCUCAAGAGCAUUGCAGACGUAGGCCUUGUGGGUAUGCCAAAUGCUGGUAAGAGCACUCUUCUGGGUGCUUUAUCCAGAGCGAAGCCCACAGUCGGCCACUAUGCCUUCACAACACUGCGGCCAAACUUAGGCAAAGUGAAUUUUGAAGACUUCUCAGUCACAGUGGCUGAUAUCCCUGGACUGAUAAAGGGUGCUCAUGUAAACCGUGGACUUGGCCAUUCCUUCCUACGACACAUCGAGAGAACAAAGGUGUUGGCUUAUGUGGUAGAUUUGGCAAGUGGAUUGGAUGAUGGUAGGAAAGGACUUCCACCAUGGGAGCAACUGAGAGAUUUAGUAUUGGAGCUGGAGCACCAUCAGGAAGGGUUGUCUGAUCGGCCUUCAAUAGUUGUGGCUAACAAGAUAGACGAGGCUGGGGCGGAACUAGUGUUUGAAGAAUUGAAAAGACGGGUGCAGGGUGUUCCCAUUUACCCAGUAUGUGCUGUUCUGGAAGAAGGGUUGCCUGAGAUGAAAGCUGGUCUCAGGGUCCUGGUGGAUGGUGGAGGGAAAUCUGGGCGACUCUGCUUGGAUAAUAUUGAUUGUUCUGCUGAUAAGAUGGAGCCUGAAGCUGGAAACCUCUGUGAAGUCAGCUCGCUUUGAUAUUUUCUAGGCUACUCUGAGGAGGUCCAACGAAACCACACGUGUGCUGUGCUGCCCUACCUACCAAUGUGUUUGUUAGAAUUGCUGUUUGUGUAAUACUGAUCCCUGAUUAUUUGCCAAGGCAUCAAUCAGUAUGCUGCAAUAGAAGUAUAGUUGAGGCAUGAGAUUUGUCGAAUGAUAUAUUUAACUGGUUCUCGAUUGAGGGGAUGAGUUAAAUUCAGGGGAAACCAUAAUUAGUAUGGGAAAGUCAGUCGAAUAAAGUAAGCUCGCAGAAGUGAUUGGAAGGGGGAAAGUUAGGUCUUUGGUUAAGAUCGAUAUAUUAUGGAGCGGUUUCAGCAAUUCUUUGGUGUGCUUAUGCUAAAGACUUGUUUCUCGCUGAUACUUUCUGCAAUCUAAAUGUUUCCCAAUUAAUAGAGUGCUUGUGU